GUUCAAUUCCAGAUGGACUUGCUGCCGGGUUUUCGAGAAGAAAUUCUCAGAAAAUUUAUCGGUGAAGGUGGAAAAAUCGUAACAACGAAGCAUCUGGAACGAUUUCAACUUCUAAUCACGGCGAUUUCAAGAGAUGGAAAGCUUAUCCGAGGAGUUUUGGAUCAAAAAUCGAGAUUCAAUCGAGAAUUGAUGAAUCGUGAGAAAUACGAAACACCUUAUAUCGUCGAAUUGCCCGGAGACCAUCCAGCUGAUACAGAACAUGUUAGAUAUAGUGUUUCUUUGCCGCGCACAAAACGAGUAAUUGCACUUCGCUAUGAAAAGGAAACACCUUCAACAUCUUCUGAAACAAAAACGAAGCGAAUCCGGACGGCUGCUCAACUUUUAGGAGAUACUGAAGAUUAUUGUUGUAGGACUUGUUUCAAACGUUUCUCUCGGAAAUUCAAUUUGGAACGCCACGAGGACGGGUGUUUGCCGAAGCCAAUUCUUUUCCAAUGCCCAAUUUGUCAUCAAAAGUAUAAAAGAGCUCCAUAUUUUGCGGCUCAUAUUCGGCAACACGAAGCUGAAGAGAAACGACAACAUCGUGACGUCAAACGUCUUGCAAUUGAGCAUGGAAAUAUGGACGAAAUACGACGAAAAGCUGAAGAAUCUGUGAAUAAACUGUCGAUUCCUUAUGAAUUCGGAACUUUUUUAUAGAAUUCGAAUAAAAAUUUGGAAUAUUU